UAGUCUCCUCAACAUACUAUCUAUCAAUCAAGAACAAUGUGGUGCUACUGCUAUCAUGAAUCCCACGCCCGCGUCGCUCUGCCACAUUUGUUGGUGGUUCCUGUUCCUUCUCCGCCAUUUGGAAACUGUAAGAGGAUUUGAUUGGUCAUGGCCGUGAGUCUUGCCGCGUUGCCUUCAUCGUUCACAAUUUCUUCGUCUUUAUUCGCCGCCCCACCGGGAUACAAAAAUCGAUGCUACAGUCCACGAAGAUGCCCCAAUUUUCUCCCCCGGAAGACUAAGAAAGACCAUAUUUUCUCUAUCAGUUGCACCAAUAAUACCUCCGUGGCCUCUCCGGCGGCGGAGUCAGUCGAGAAGGAGGAGCUAUUACCGCCUUUGGAGUUGGGCGAAAUCAACGCAAAGUGCAAAAAGUGGGUGUGGAAAGGAUAUACCAUUAAUUACUUGGUUUACCCUGCAGACAGUGCUGCUGCUGCUACGAACCGUCCUCCACUGCUUCUAGUUCAUGGUUUUGGAGCCUCAAUUGCUCAUUGGCGCAGGAACAUUCCAACACUGGCUCAAAAUUACACAGUUUAUGCUAUUGACCUCCUAGGUUUUGGUGCUUCAGAUAAACCAUCAGGCUUUCAAUAUACCAUGGAAAUAUGGGCCCAGUUGAUACUGGAUUUCUUGGAUGAGAUAGUUCAAAGGCCAACUAUACUAAUGGGAAACUCUGUCGGCAGCCUUGCCUGUGUUAUCGCUGCUGCUGCUGCUGGUAGUGCCGUUCUUUCCCAAGCAGAAUCUAGUGGGUCUUUGGUGCGAGGGCUUGUUCUUCUCAAUUGCGCCGGUGGCAUGAACAACAAGGCUAUAGUCGACGACUGGAGAAUAAAGCUACUCUUACCGUUGCUUUGGCUUUUUGACUUCCUACUGAAGCAAAAAAGAAUUGCUUCUUAUUUAUUUGAUCGUGUCAGAGAAAGAGAUAAUCUGAAAAAUGUCUUGUUAUCUGUCUAUGGGAAUAAGGAGUCUGUAGACGAGGACCUUGUGGAGAUUAUCAGGAAACCCGCACUUGAUGAAGGAGCUCUUGAUGCUUUUGUGUCAAUAGUUACAGGACCACCUGGGCCGAAUCCUGUCCAGUUGAUGCAGAGGAUCUCAUUACCUGUGUUGGUGCUAUGGGGUGACGAAGAUCCCUUUACCCCAGUCGAUGGACCUGUUGGUAAAUACUUCUCAUCAUUGCCUGCUCAGCUGCCUAAUGUGAACCUCUUUUUAUUGGAAGGAGUCGGGCAUUGUCCUCAUGACGACAGGCCUGACUUGGUCCACGAAAAAUUGCUUCCUUGGCUGGCUGCCCCAGUGUCAAGUGUCGUGACAUAAUUGUCCGUCCGUUUUCUCACACUGUUUUGGAUCCUGGUGACAAAAUUGAGAUCGGGACAUAUCUAGAUUGAGAUUUUGAAUGUACACACACAAAAUAUACAUACAUACAUACAUACUCUUGGGCAAAGUCCAAAGUGUUUAGGACAACUAACUAUAUAAACAAUGAUUGUCGCAAACCUCUGCUUCUGCUGCUGCAGCCAUGAGUUUGAUGAAUGGCCUAAAUGGUAAUGGAUACGGGGUGUCUUU